GCGAAAAAGUCGGCGGCGAUUGGAGCGGUGGCUCAAUUGGCGUAUUUUCUACGAGAGAAUAGCGACGAGGGACGUGCGGCGGUGGUGAAUCUGAUGGGGUUGUUGGUGUCGAAUCGAGAUUUCGUGGCUGGUUUGUGGGAGUAUACCGUGGGACUGAGGGCUAAGGUGGCGUUCGGUACACCGAAAACGCUGAUUUCGGUGCUGGAGAAGAGGUUUAUUUGGUUUUUUGCGGUAUUUUGGGAGUUUUCCAGACGAGUUUCUGAGGAGGUAAGAGGUGGGGACGUUUCGCCAAAUAUUUUGGCGAAAGAUUUGACUCUGGGAUUGAUAGAUAUAGCGUAUCCGGUGGUGAAUUACGGCGCGAUGAGCGGGGGUGGUAUUGGGUUUAUUGGAGGGGGCGGGGCGAAGGCGAUGACCAGUGAGGAGAGGGAGAAGAAUGCCAAGUGGGCGGAGCUUUUUAGGAAUGUGGCAUCGAUAACGAAGGUGUUAUACGAACGUGACAGCCGUCUGCACUUUAUGCCGAAUGGCUUCUGGUCGAAUCAUAACCGGCAGGUGGUGAUUAAUACGGUGGGUAUUUUUUGUAUUAUUGUUAUUGUUUUUAUUAUUUAUUAUUAUUAUUUAUUAAUAUUUAUUAUUGUUAUUUAUUAUUAUUAUGUAUUAUUAUUGUGA